GGCAGCCGCUGGAUCCGCCGACGGGGAGCGAGGCCGGCGGCCGGGUACUUCCUGUGGAGGCCGCAGCGGGCGCGGGCGCGGGCGCCGACGGGCCGAGCGCCGAGUGAGCGAGCGAGCGAGCGAGCCGAGCCUCCCGCCGCCGCCAUGGGCCAGAACGACCUGAUGGGCACGGCCGAGGACUUCGCCGACCAGUUCCUCCGGGUCACGAAGCAGUACCUGCCUCACGUGGCACGCCUCUGCCUGAUCAGCACGUUCCUGGAGGACGGCGUCCGCAUGUGGUUCCAGUGGGGCGAGCAGCGCGACUACAUCGACACGACGUGGGGCUGCGGCUACGCUCUGGCCUCCGCCUUCGUGCUCCUCAACCUGCUGGGACAGCUGACCGGCUGCAUCCUGGUGUUGAGCAGGAACUUCGUGCAGUACGCCUGCUUUGGGCUCUUUGGAAUCAUAGCGCUGCAGACCAUCGCCUACAGCAUCCUGUGGGACUUGAAGUUUUUGAUGAGGAACCUGGCCCUGGGAGGAGGCCUGUUGCUGCUCUUGGCGGAAUCCCGUUCCGAAGGGAAGAGCAUGUUCGCAGGAGUCCCCACCAUGCGCGAGAGCUCCCCCAAACAGUACAUGCAGCUCGGAGGCAGGGUUCUGCUGGUCUUGAUGUUCAUGACGCUCCUUCACUUUGAUGCCAGCUUCUUCUCGAUUCUCCAGAACAUCGUGGGCACAGCUCUGAUGAUUUUAGUGGCCAUCGGUUUUAAAACCAAGCUGGCCGCUUUGACUCUUGUUGUGUGGCUGUUUGCCAUCAACGUGUAUUUCAACGCCUUCUGGACCAUUCCCGUCUAUAAGCCCAUGCAUGACUUCCUGAAAUACGACUUCUUCCAGACCAUGUCGGUGAUCGGAGGCCUGCUCCUCGUGGUAGCCCUGGGCCCCGGGGGCGUCUCCAUGGACGAGAAGAAGAAAGAGUGGUAACAGACCCCUUCCCUGCCUGGCUAGGACCCGUGGCCAUUGAGGACUGGUUCGGGGUGGAUUCGACAAAACUGCCAGCAUUUAUGUGUCCUCUUCCCUUCCCUCCCUUGGUAAAGGCACAGAUGUUUUGAGAAUUUAUUUGCAGACACCUGAAAUUUGGCGGCUAAAUCUGCUCUGGACCCACAGCCUAGCACCUGACCGUCGGGGUGGGUGGCGCCCCCCUUCCCCAGGCGCGGCCUCGGCUUCCUGAGAGCAGCUUGCUGGGCUGUGGCCUCGGUUCCCAUUCUUGUUUCUGUUUUGUGGGUGGGGGGCCUUCAAGCUGUACUGUGAGCAGAUACAUUGGUGUAUCAUUCAAAGCGGUCUCCCUCUUACUGUUUUUUAAGUUUACGUUUUUAGCUAAAAUUGAUUCGGGAUGGCCCAGCCCAGCAUCACACACGCUGCUCCGAGUGAUCCCCACCCCGCGUUGUACUACCUGCAGGGAUAACGACGGCAUUUGGAGAGACCCAAACCCAAAGAACGAAGCAGUGCUGGGGGGGGGGGGGCGGCGGUGCCAAGGCUGCUGUUCACAGUGGGAGUCACUCACUCGUUGGAAGACUGGCUCGGGUCGGUGCAGCGGUUUCUGUGGGGUAAUCCCCCCGGGAGAUUCGGUGGCUCUAGGUGGGGACGGCGGAGCUGAAGUUCCCAGGUGCACCCAGAGCCCACAGGGACCCUCGCUCCGACCCUGGCCUGGCCACAUGUGUGCAAGCUGGCUCCCCUGAGGGGCGUGGGACGAGUAGCAGCCUCGCAGGGCAGGGUGGCAACAAAGCGGGCUCUCAGACCAGUGACCUCACCCGUCUUCACAAGGAGCCUGGGCUGCCGCUGCGGCUCCGACCUGGCCAAGCGCCCCGCUUGGUUCUCCUUUAGCUCGAGGGACUCUUCCUAAGCUGCGCAGCCGUGACACGAGGCUGUGGCUUGCUCAGAUGGUCUUUGCUAUGCUGAACGCAGCCCAAAUUACUUUCUAUGAUUCGUGAUGCCUUACCGAUUGGAUCUUGAUCCUGUAUUUAAAGUUUUCUCACAUUGCCUUA